CAUAAUUUGGAUAUAAAACAACCCCAUCCCCAUAAAUGGAGUUCAAGAGGGCCAAGUCAUUGAGAACUUCCAUUAGACUUGGUGAUUUUCGCGCAAACACUCUCCAUUAGACUCACCCUGAAAGGGUGGCCGAAGCUUCGGAAGCAGACCCCUUCUUAGGAGGCAUAAAUGUCUUUGAACCAAGUGAACUGGUUCUCCUUUCAGCUCACGAUUUAGUACUGCUGCUUAAAUAUUGAUCAUUAAUAGUCCUUGAGAUUAUCGCUUGAGGGGUCUGUCUGCUUUGGCUUCCAAAAGUUUCUUCUCUUGUUAGCGGAGGCGAUAAGUCCGGUGCAUAUAUAUUUCACCUUUUCAACUCCGUCAAGAUUUUAUUUUCACAGGGGAGGAAAUGGAUGAGAAGUACGAUGUUGACAAGGUUGAUGAUGUGAUGUUGCCGGGUUUUCGGUUUCAUCCCACCGACGAGGAGCUUGUUGGGUUUUAUCUCAAGAGAAAGAUUCAUCAGCGAACUCUUCCUAUUGAGCUAAUUAAGCAAGUGGAUAUUUAUAAGUACGAUCCAUGGGAUCUUCCAAAGCUGGCGGCUUCUGGGGAGAAAGAGUGGUAUUUCUACUGCCCAAGGGACCGAAAAUACAGGAACAGUGCACGGCCAAACCGAGUGACCGGAGCUGGGUUUUGGAAAGCCACUGGAACUGACAGGCCUAUUUACUCCUCUGAUGGCACCAAAUGCAUCGGUUUGAAGAAGUCACUUGUCUUCUACAGGGGCAGAGCUGCCAAAGGUAUCAAAACUGAUUGGAUGAUGCAUGAAUUUCGCCUACCUUCUCUCUCAGACUCAGCAACACCCAAGAAGUUCUCGGAUAAAAACAUUCCUGCAAAUGAUUCAUGGGCAAUUUGCAGGAUAUUCAAGAAAACAAACUCAAUGGCACAAAGAGCUCUUUCUCACUCUUGGGUUUCUUCACUACCGGAAACUUUGGCAUCUGAUAUGUUCAGUACUCAAGGCACGCACUGCCCUCAGUUCAGUUCAGAGAACAUCUCUUGCACAACUGAAAUUGGGUCGGCCAUCCAGUUUUGCAGUAACAAUGACUUACAACAGGCCUCUACUGCAUGUUUCUCUGCUUUCGACAUUCCUUCUUACAAGCCCAUUAAUCUUCCUAUAGUCUCCAAGCCUUCCAUGUUCCCUCUUUCUAAUGAAGACAUUCCCAAUGGUUUCACCUUCUCCCCACUGGAAGUAUCAGGACCCAACAAGUGUACGGUUGAUACUGGUUCCAUGUUUCUGAACCCUGCCUUAAUUGCUCACAUGAUUAACGCCUCUGAGAGCAUAGACUCUGAAGGGCCACAGCAGCAGUUCAGUGGCUUCUCAAUCAGUUUGCCGCAGGAGAUCCAAGAGAACAUGGGCACCGGAGAAGAUGAGGGAGGCCUCAGGAAGAAUUCAGGUGCAGCCCCAAAUGACGAGUGGGGAACCAUACGAUCAAUCGGAUUUCCCUUCAGUUUGCCAUCAAACGAUGUUUGGAAGCCUAAUCUGCCAUGGGAUUCACCCCCUUGUCCUAGUGAGAUGUCCACCAGCUAUUCCACAAAUAAAUGCUAUACUUGACAGAAUGAGAAAUUGGGAAAAGUAGCCAUGUUCAUGUUCUAGCUCUGGGGGAUUUAUGUUGGAGCUAAAAGAAAAUUAUUGUGUUUAAUGAGUCAUUGUACAGUUCCAUAUAUUCCAUUUAUACAUGUCAAGUAAAAUAUUUUCUUUUUA